CGGACGUGGCGUUCGCACCUUCCCCGCAUUCUGGGCGUGCCUCCCCGCAUUGGGUUCAUACGUUCGCGUCCGCCGCCGAUUGGAUUGGACCAUCCAUGGUGUGCUGAUCAAGUGACUGUCUCCUGUGCUUCCACCCCGAUAGGUAGAGUGAGCCCCCUCAUAAGCUGCCUGUCGCCCUCGCUCUCCCUUCUUCUCUUCCUCACACACUGCCCUGUGCCUCAUCGUCCCUCACACCCAAUCCCAGCCUCAGACAUAGCUCGCCAACUCACCAAAGCUCUUUCAUUGUCCACACCACCUCCAGCCUACCAGUACCUCUAUUGCCCCUCCCUGCUGUCAACCCCCACCACAAUGGCAGCCGCAGUAGACGAAUCGCUCGAGAAGGUCGACUCUCUAGUCGAGGACCCCAAUCAUGGAACCAAGAAGCCACACGGCCGUAGAGCCAGCUCCAUGGCCGCCGAUGUCUACAACAUCGAAGACCUGGAGAAGGAAAACAAGGAGAUCAAGAUCUCAAUCGAGACGCAAAAGCUCGGCUGGAAGCUGAACGCUUCGUCUUCGGCUGUCGAGGAUCCAGCAGUCCUAAAACUGCCCCUCACCGACCCCAAGCUCAAGAAAAUCACGCUGCACUUCCCGCUCGGACUUGAAGUCACAGCACGGAACCUCAAGGGCGUUACCAUCAAGGAUGCGCUAGAUGCCAUCCACAAGCAGUUCAAGAAGCGCGCAGACGACGAGUUAGACCGGCCCUACCUAGCUGGCUUCGAGUGGGAUCCAGAAGACUGCUACACGCGCUUCAUCGUCCAUCAGGCCAACCAGCCAACUUCAAGCAUGUCCGGCGCCCCAGGCGGCGGUAAGAAGAAGAAGAAGGCCGCCGCCGCUGCUGCGGAAGGCUCCUAGUGAGCAACUCGCCCCUUCCCAGACUUCGACUUCACACACGGCCCCGGUUAUAGUCCAUGCUUCGGCAUGGGAUAUGGAUAUGCAGCUGGGUGCUGGUCAAUCUACAUAUCAGCAUGGGAAGAGCGAGCGCGUUCGCUACGAUGGCAUGCUCGGCAUACUGUGAGCCUUUGAGGCGAGUGGUGUGCUGACUGUGGUUCUCGGGCGGUAGAUGUGCGUCGUGGAUUCGUCGAGUGUUGCUCGCCGGGCGCAAUGGCAGCACCCGUUAUGUAUGCUAAAGGAACUCAUUCGGGCUGCUGGAUAGCGUCUGCACAAUGAGAAGACCCGAUAAACCGA